CCCGGCUCCGAAGCCGAGCGCUCGUGUCGCUGUCAAAACGGACCGAGACUGUGUUAUUACUUAUUUUUGUCAAACGAACGCCAUAUUGUUUUAUUGUCCCCGUUAUAAUUUCAAUAUAUUAAAAUAUUAAAUAACAACAAUUAAUUAUCACGUCAAUCAAUGUCUUUGUGACUAUAAAAAUGUGCCUAUUUUUUUUAUGGUGAUAUUAUUAUUACCGUAGAUAUGUACGCUAGAUUAAAUUAUACCAAUUAAAAAUGAUUUGAAAACCGGUUCCGGUGUCGUUAGAAUUUCGAAAUCGAAUAUCGAACAUAUUUUUUUUUAAAUCAACAAAUGUAUUAGUGUAUGUGCGCGUGUUUAGUGUUUCUAAAAAUAAAUUAUUGGGAAUAUACAACUCUUACAUAGGUACAUACGAGUGUUAAUUAUAGUGCAAAAGUCUACGCUGCAUACCUACCUAUAUAUAAAUAAUGUUGCAUUUCAUAUGCCAUUGUUCUCAGUAAUAAUGUUUGUAUUUCUGGGAGAAAUGUACAGUAUCAGUGUUUUUGUGAAGUUAAAGUGAUUACGUGUAUAUUAAAAACCUUUGUCUUUUGGAUUACCACUAAUUAUGGAGAAACCUACGUUUAAGUUGGUGGGUUCCCCAUGCGGCCAACACGGGCAGUACACCUUCUACAAGGCGUUGCGACUCUGCGGCGCCAAGGAGAGGAUCAUAGCCAUAGGCGACUUCAUCUUCGUCAGGAUCUGGCAGGACUCCGAGCUCGUCUCCAUUGGUGAACUCCAGCUGUUGUGGACCGACCGGGUCUCUGAGCAGACCCUCGUCAGCUUGAGGCUGUACUUCCUCCCGGAGAACACUCCCGACGGCCGCGGGGCCCACGGCGAGCACGAGGUCCUAGCGAUCAAUGACAAAGUGGUGGUGCGAGCUGAGGACCUGGUCAGCUGGAGCUGUAGCGGCGAGAGCUGGGAGUGGGGGCUGCGCGCCGUGUGGCGCGGCGCGUGCGCACCCCCCGCCGAGGCUAAGCAUUCCGCGUCGCUGCACCACACUAAUAUGGAUUUCAGCGACAUUGAGAAGGAGAAAAGUACCAUUGAAAUAGACGCAGACUCGCCUGGUGUGGUUGUAUUCUCAUACCCGCGGUAUUGCCGCUACCGCGCCUUGCUGUCCCGGCUGGAGGGCAUCCAGGCGGACUGGCUGAGGGACUCCCUGGUCGCCGCGCUGGGAGGGUACGCCGCGCCGACCAAAAACACUAGGAUCUUGUAUUGUAAGGACACGUUCGAGUACCCAGAACUAGAGGGUCACGAGUUCGUGUGCAACCACCUGGCGCCGCGGCUGAAGGGGCGGCCGCGCGGGCGCCGGCGCCGGCCGCCGCGCUCGCGCAGUCACAGCCGGGACUCGCCCGAGCGCUCCAGCGACAGCGACCUCGAGCGACCGCAGCCCAGGAUCCAAACGCCUCGCCGACUCUCGCUCCGCAACGGCGACAAGGCGAGCGAGGAAGAAGACGAACGGCGCGAGGACGGAGAAAGCGGAGAAGACGGGGAAUUCCUCGGCAAACUGCGGCAGUUUUAUAAGGACAGGGACCCGCAGUUCAGAAUCGGAGCCACGUUGAAGGACUUGUCGCUUCGCGCCAUAUAUACGGCGGUGCGCACAAACGGCGGCUACGAAGCGGUGUGCAGACUGAAGCUGUGGCGCACUCUGUUCCCCGACCAUCCCGCGCGCACGCGCAGGCAUUACGAGAGAUACCUCCUAUCCUUCGAGAUCUACGACCGCAAGCGCAAACUGAACGGGAAGGUGGAGCCGCGGCCCGUGGCCACCAUCGACGUGACGUCAUCGCCGCCCACCCAUCACAGGCUGCGGACACCCUCCCCGCCGCUUACCAUAGACAACGGGACUAAGGACGAAUUGACUGUGAUCUCUAAACCCGCGGAAGAGUAUAACAGAGAAUUCCUAGAAUCCCUGCCAAAGGACGAGAAAGCGGUGAAGAUUUCGGUGAAGCCCGUGGAGAAGCUGAUCGAGGCGGGCGUGAGGAAGCUGUUCCACGAGGAAGGGAAGGUCGAGGAAGAUAGCAAAAAGGAUGAGGUUUUGAACGAAGCGCAGAAGUCAAAUAUAGAGCAUGGGACACCGGAGCCGAGUUUGAAUCGUUUAGCGGCCUACGUCAAUGGACACGCGCCCAGCGAACAGCCCCCGCGGCCCGCCGGCCGCAGCUCGCUGCGUCACGUGCGCGUGAAGCCCGCGCGUCCGCCGCACAACGCGCCGGUGGCGCCCCCCCGCAGCCCGUCCCCCCCCGCGCCGGCGCCCCCCCCGAUCACCAACUUCGGUAUCCACCAUCCGCCGCAAGCCAGCGACGAUGACAUUGUUGAGGUGCCAUAUAAACCGAAGACACCUGAGAUAAUAGACUUAGACGAAUACCCGGAGAGUCCGCAGGGGAUGAAGAAGAAGAAACUGGACAUCCUCAAGGAGCGGGGGCUCGAGGUGACCGCCGUCCCCGGCGCGGCGUGGCCCGGCCCCGCGCCCCUCGCCCCGCCCCUCGCCCCGCUGCUGCCUUCCGGCCCCGUGCUGCUAAACCCCGCGAUGCAACACCAAAUAAUGACACAAGCUCAAUUAUUCCAAAUGUACAACAUCGUCCCCCCGAAUUUCGGGAACGGCCUCCAACCCCCUAAAGUGAUACAAGCCACGUCGAUCUUCGGCUCCGUGGGUCCCGAGAAGACAGUCUACGGGAACCCGAAGGACCCCUUCAUGCCCCCCCCUCACAUACUGCACGGCGCUCCGGUCAAACAGCAAAAAGUAGCUCCCACUUCUGACUCGCAACAGACGUGCACGCGCCAGGACAUACUGGACUUGACAUGCAACAAAAAAACCCCGUCUCCCACUCACGCGCCGGCCGUCGAAAUUGUUAGAAUACCAACUUCACCGUCCCCGUCCAAAGUGUCCAGCACAGUUCAAAAUCUAGCAAAAAAUUAUACUUUGAUAGACGGAAAAGCGGUUGUCGGUUCGAAUUUGGAAAUAACUUUAGUCAAUCCCAAAGCGCAGACGCCUAAAAACAAAAUACCGCAAAAGAGGUCGUCGAACGGAAAAUUUGUUUCGACGAAAUCUCCACUCAAAGACUACAAGCCUUACACGUGCCCUUCUCCAUCGGGGAUACAGAAGAAGCCGACGAUAAACGUACCAAAUUAUCAAGUGAGAGACGAAUUGUCGCCAACGAACUCGUCCAGUUCUAGGGACAGUCAACAAAGCGUUCAGAAUAAUAUGCUUAAUAUCUUCAAAAACCAGAAUAGUUUAGCGCAAAUCAUUGAAAUGCAGAAAAACGCUGUCCCAAGUAUUAAUCCGUUUAUGGAUCCGGUUUACAUGAGCGCUCUGUACAGCUCCUUGGGCCAGUUGGACCCGAGACAGUUGGCAGCGUACCGCGACCUGGCCGCUCUGAGGCAGCCGCCUGUCAACGUCACACCGACAACGAAACACUAAAAGCCAAAAUUUACAUUGCGAAACUAGUUGCGCGAAAGUGAUUACGUGACAUUUUUCAGGUUUCGUGAUUUACAAUGUGAAAUCGCGGCACGGUUUCGUGACGCGGUUAUUGGAUGAAACUAAUGGCGUGCAAUUAAAAGCGUCGUGUUAAUGCGACGAAUAACGUGUUACCGAACGUGAUUUGUUGUAUUAGUUUCGCACGUUCUGAAAGUAGUGUCAUGAUAUUAUGUCAUCGUCAUCAAUGAAACUUGUUUCGUAAUCUAAAUGAGGCUUAAUCUAGUCUAAGCUUUGUGAUACAAGGAUUAUUGGGCUGGGAACUUUCAUAAAUAUAUCCAAUUUUUUUCAGUGUGUAUUUUUUCGAUUAUUAUUGAUUUUUUAAUCAAAUUACAAGAAUUUAUUAAUUAUUUUUAAUCCCCUGAAUUUAGAACAAUGUGACAUACGAGAAAAUAUAAAAACUUAAAACUUUUUUUGAAUAAGUAUAUUUUGUUCAUCACAAUGUGAAAUAGUUAAAAGACUACACAUUUUCACUAAGCAAUGAUUGACUUUUUAUAAAUAAAUCUAUCUAAAACCUUUGCUGUUAAGACAUUUUUUUUUCAUAUUUAUAUUACUAUGAUUCUGUAAAACAUUUCCCAAAAAAAAGCUUUAUUGAAGAAGUUUGAUUGCCACAAAGAAGAAAAGAAAAAAACACAUUUCCAAUUACUUGGGCGUCAAGACAUUAUAAAAAUCCUUAUUUUUUUUAACUGUCAGUUUUUUAAAGACACAUUAAAAUCAAAAUUAUAAUUUAUGCCAUGUGUAAAACUAUAUCGCUCGUGAAGUGAUUUUUAAUUGAAAAUUGUCAUUAUUGUACUUGCCAAAUAUCAGAUUUAGAUUAAGCCCAGCACCUAUUUUAAAUUUAAAAAUAAUAAAGAAAUAAGUAUUUUAAAGUGGUCAUGGAAAAAUCUUGUAGUUUUGCAUAUACUUAAUUCGCAAAUAUCCAAUUAAACAUUUCUAAGAAUAAUUUACGAAUUUUAUUAAUUUAACUUUAAUAUCUGUAAAUCGCGUUCCAAAAAAGUAGAAAAAAAAAAGUUUCUAUAAAAUGGCCAUUUUGAAAUGUGAAAAAAAUCACAGAUACAAGAACAUUGUAAUGUUCAUAAAUCUGUGUUAAAAAUUGUAUUUUCCGGAAUCCAGCCCAAUAAGAUCGCCAAUGACUUGAUCUCCGGUUUUAGGCAAAAUUGGGAACAAUUCCUCUCUUUGUAUAUAUCUAGUUGUAAUUUUUCCGUUUAGCAUUAAUGCAAAUUGUAGCACAGUAUUUGGCGAGAAGCAUUACACAACCAAUCGGCAAGUCGGUUUAUUUAAGAACUGUCAAUAAAAAAUCUGUUUCAAAAAAAUGUUAGUACAUUUUUUGCCAUUGCAAAAUACCAAAUUAUGAAGAUAUUUUGUGAAAAAAAUAAAUUUUUGUGAUAAAAAAACAUGGCGCUGUCUCCUGUUGGCUGGAACACUAGGUGUUUAUUUCAACCAAUCUGGACCAAAUUAUUAAUCGUAUUGCAAUGGCAAAAAUGUCGUUAAUUGAAAUCAGUUUUCUUCACUUUUUGACAGACUGAAGUAUGACUAUAUUAUUACGACGUGGUUUGGAAAAUGGACCUAAUUAUUUAGUAUAAUAUCUUGUAAAAGAGAGUAACAUGUUAUAUAAUAUUGUUUUUUAUUUUUCACCACUUAUCAAAAUGUUUUAUAUAGGGUUAUUUUGUUUUUCGACGUUUGACCAAAUUUAGCUUCCGACGUCAAGCUAAAAUUAACUUUUAAGUAUUUGACCGAGAGUUCAUUGUAGAACACAGUAACAAGACAGCUGAUUUAAUGCGACACCGCUCCCACCCGGCAAAAUUAUGUUCAUUGCAAUGUGAGCUUUAUAUCGUCCGCUGUAGACAUACUUUACAAUGACAACGAAUUAGCGGACUGUUGUUUAUGUGAACUAAUACUGUGGAGUAUGUUUUAAAGUUAUUUUUUCAGUGAUCUAUAUUUUGACUGAGACAGUAGGUUAAACAGAGGAUGAGUAAUGCUUUUCGCGCGGUACUUAGGUACGUAUUAUUGUUCUAGAAAGUUUUAUAACUCGCAUUUGUAAAUAAUUCUGUAUAAGUCCUUAGUGUAAGAUAUUGUCGUACAAAUAAAUGAUAAAAUAUA